AUGACUGUGAACAACACGUCAAUGAAUGCAGGUCUGAACAGCAGUCCUUCACUUCGAGCGAUCAACGAGAGAGUCAUCAUUGUAGAAGUGUUAAUUGCUGUCUUUCUUUAUACUGACACCUUACUAAUCUUCACUUUCUUCCAAAAGGACUACUUUCGCACAAACACGCGCUACAUCUUUUUUGUCCACACUCUGCUUUGCGACUGGCUCUUUCUGUUCGUGACAAAUAUCCUGUUGCUCUUGAGCUAUUUUGUGCUGCCCAUGCCUGCUUGGAUAUGUGUUAUCAUUUGUGUGCUUAUGGGCGUUUUGACCUUUGCCACCCCGCUCACGCUGACAGCCAUGUGUCUGGAGCGAUAUGUGGCCAUCUGCAUGCCGCUGCGUCACGCCGACAUAUACACCAUACGCAGGUCCUUUCACUGUCUUCUCGUCGUCCACAGUUUAAGCUGCAUCCAGUCCAUCGUCAUCAUAUCUAUCUUCUUUGCCUCUGUCUCUCUUAGCUUCUACACGCAGAACAAAAUUUGCCAAGUGGAGAUGCUCAUUGUUCACAAGUGGCAGAGUCUUUUACGAUCAGUCAUUUCUCAGCUGUACUUUCUGAUCAUGUCCUGUACUAUACUCUUCACAUAUGUCAAAAUAAUGGCUGCGGCGAAAGAGGCAUCAUCAGAUAAGAAAUCAACCUCUAAAGGCCGCAAAACGGUCAUUCUUCACGCCGCACAGCUGCUGCUCUGUUUGAUUCAGCUCUGGUGUCCGUUCAUAGAGGGAACUGUGAUGGAUAUUGACUUCAGAAUGUUCAUAGAUUUGAGAUACUUUGAUUACAUUGUCUUUAUUCUUGCCCCGCGAUGCCUUUGUCCACUUGUUUAUGGGUUAAGGGACGACAAGUUUUACAUGGCUUUGAAAUAUCAUGCAUUGUGUGGAUUGAACAAGAAAAUAUCCCCGAAAUUUGUUGAUAUCUAA